AUUGACAUUGCGCAUGCGCGUUACUUGCCUGGGUAACCCGGAAGUCGGGGAUUUGCUUCCAGAGCAGGCAGGCUGCAUGGGGCAAUAGAGAGGUCAGACAGGUGACUUUUAUGGGAUUCCAGCCGUGCCUCUCGGAAUAACGUUAAGGGCAAUUAUUUAGCUGCCACGUCCUGCAUUAGGUCUUAGUGGCAAGAAAGGCGGCAUUGACGCUCGUCGGCAGCAGCAUGUCCACCUUGUCCAGCUACGCCCUCCGGAUGGGCCGCCUGAGCGCCAGGAUCUUUGGAGAGGUGGUGAGGCCGACAGACGACCGAUCGAUGAAGGUGGUGAAGCUCUUCAGCGAGCAGCCGCUGGCCAAAAGGAAAGAGGUCUACGACUGGUAUCCGCAGCACAACGCUUACGUGUCGCUCAUGAGGAACCUCAGGUUUCUCGGCUUGUACAGGGACGAGCAUGAAGACUUCAAAGAAGAGAUGAGACGUCUUAGGAAGCUGCGUGGGAAAGGAAAACCCAAGAAAGGCGAGGGGAAAAGAGCCCUCAAGAAGAAAUAGGAGAGAAAUAUUUUGGGGUCUUGGACUUAUACCUAUGUACCGGAGGGGGGGAGGCUGACCCCCUCACCACGGUUGGGAUUUCUAUGGCCCCCCCUUCCUCCCGACGCACAGCUUGUCGGCAGCCGAUCCGGUGACCUGAUAAAGGAGGACCCAGUGGUGUUCAAGCCUUGAAGGUCAUAAUUCCGCUCAUAGGUCCUCUAAUGUAUAAUUAACUUGUGUGAUUAUUACCCGGAUGGUCUGGUUGGUGAAAGGCAUGAGGUCAUAACAGUGUGUCCCAUAAAACUGUGUCAUCGUACAUGAAAUAAAUGUAACAUUUUGCAGGUAACAA